UGGUUAAUGUGACUAUUAAAUUUUAUAUUUCAUUGAAUACUUUUAAUUAUUGAAAUUCUUACAGUUGCUACUUCAAAAUUUUCAGCCAAAUGCUGCAAUCCAAAUAUUAAAAUUUAAUUUCCAAAUUUAGAUUUAAUUUAGCUGAACUGCUAUUAAAUUUCAUCAAAUAUAGUACAAGAUUUUCUUGAUCUGGAUUAUACAGUAUAACAGUGUUUCUCUCCCACAUUUCGGAUCUGAUAUUUUCAUGAAAUUGUUCAGGUGUAUUCCAACAUUUUAGGCAAUUUUUUCCAACCAAAUUUUGUAGACCAUGAAUUCCACCAGGUCUUGCAAAUAUAUGCCAAAACUUAAACUACGGAAGCAAGAAGUGGAUAACGAAUUAAUAUUUUUAGGGAAAAAAUAUAUGUUGUUGGUGUCAUGGUUUUAAUUGUGAUGUUUUAGAGAGAAAAGGUCAACGUAAUUUCGUUCCCUUCAGGAGGUCCUGGGACUUUCAAAUUAAGAAAUCUACGGAGAGAGAAUAAAAUUUAAUUUUCUUGACAUUUGUUGCAUAAUUUUCUGUUGAGGUUGAGGAUAGUAGAAAUACUUGGAAAAUUGGGUUUUGAAACCCUCAAAAGCAGCUGUUCCAAGGAAUCUGGGAUGCCAAUUAGUGGUGAGUAUCUUUGAACUUGCCAAAUUACCAAAUACACCCCUCUUAGACAUUGUUUAACAGCAUUGCUCAGAGAAGCAAAAGGGUCUUCUGGGAACUUUACAUUGAGACACCAAAACCUUUUAAUUUAGGCUGUCCAAAAUUUGAGAUAGAAAAAGAAAGGAAAUAACAGGCUUUACCCGUCAACUGCCACAUUACAUCCUUAAUAUAACUAACAUGCCAAAUAUGGCUUUACUAUUUUUUGCGAAAUUUGUGUUAGUUUAUAUAUAUUUGUUUCAAAUGUAAGAAGUUCUUCUGUGGUUAUAAGGAGGGUCAUUUUGUUGUUUCAACAAUUUUGCCCUCCUUGAAAUCCUUGUUUCAAAAGGAGAAAAAAAAUGUCUCAUAAUCAAGCAGAGAUGGAUGAACAAGCUGCAAGAGAGAAGGCCCUUGAAGAAUGGCUUCCAAUCACUUCGUCGAGAACUGCCAAAUGGUGGUACUCUGCAUUCCAUAAUGUCACGGCCAUGGUAGGAGCCGGCGUCCUCAGCCUUCCAUAUGCCAUGUCAGAGCUUGGAUGGGGUCCUGGGGUGACCAUGCUAGUCCUGUCAUGGAUCGUCACCCUGUACACACUCUGGCAAAUGGUUGAGAUGCACGAAAUGGUUCCUGGUAAGCGGUUCGAUAGAUACCAUGAAUUAGGUCAGCAUGCGUUUGGCGAAAAGCUUGGGCUCUAUAUUGUUGUACCCCAACAGCUUAUUGUGGAAGUUGGCACUUGCAUAGUCUAUAUGGUCACUGGAGGGAAAUCAUUGAAGAAAUUCCAAGAAUCAGUUUGCCCCAACUGUACACCAAUCAAAACCACUUACUUCAUCAUGAUUUUUGCUUCUGCUAACUUUGUUCUCUCUCAUCUGCCCAACUUUAACUCCAUUUCUAUCGUCUCCUUGGCUGCAGCUGUAAUGUCCUUGAGUUACUCUACCAUUGCUUGGGCAGCUUCGCUUAAAAAGGGAGUUCAAGACGAUGUGAGCUACGCUCCAAUAUCUAAAACCACAUCCGGAAACGUUUUUCACUUCUUCAGCGCCUUGGGUGAUGUAGCAUUUGCCUUUGCCGGUCACAAUGUGGUAUUGGAGAUCCAAGCAACAAUACCUUCGACCCCCGAAAAACCUUCCAAGAAACCUAUGUGGAAAGGAGUGAUAGUGGCAUAUAUCAUUGUUGCCCUAUGCUAUUUUCCAGUUGCACUAAUUGGAUACUAUAUAUUUGGAAACAAACUUGAGGACAACAUCCUUAUAUCACUAGAGAAACCCAAUUGGCUUAUUGCAACAGCUAACAUGUUUGUUGUUAUCCAUGUCAUUGGAGGCUAUCAGAUAUUUGCAAUGCCAGUGUUCGACAUGAUAGAAACUUGGCUGGUAUUAAAAAUGAAAUUUAAUCCCACUUCUACCCUUCGCUUCAUUACUCGAACAUCAUAUGUUGGAAUAACAAUGUUCAUUGGUAUGACAUUCCCUUUCUUUGGUGGUCUACUUGGAUUUUUUGGAGGAUUUGCUUUGGCACCUACCUCAUAUUAUCUCCCAUGCAUCAUAUGGCUCAUCAUCUACAAACCAAAAAAAUUCGGUGCAUCUUGGUGUGCAAAUUGGUUCUGCAUAAUAUUUGGUGUGUCCUUGAUGAUUUUAGCACCCAUCGGUGGGCUAAGGCAGAUCAUUCUUCAAUCGAAGACCUACAAAUUCUACUCGUAAAUACUUACCCUACUCGCUCAUUAUCAAUGUGUUUAGGAGUUCAAUUUCAAUUUCAAUUUCAAUUUAUGAUAAAAUGAUGAAAAUGAAGAAGAAGAAGAAGAUGACGAUGGAAGUUGAUGUUGUUGAAUAUACCCUGGUUGAACCUGUUUCAGACAUCAAUGGAUGGGAAAUGUUAUUGUUUAUGGAGUCUGUAGAUAAUGUUUAUUUUCAAAAAAUGGAAUGUAGCCAUGGGGCCCAAUAUUUAAAAGGGAUCUCUUGCAAAAUUUCAUUUUAUAUUAGUCUUGUCAGUGUCUAUUUUGUUGCUAUAUUUGCCAAUAAUACCAUGGUUUGUUGAGCCAAAAGUGUGAUUUACUUUGUUGUGGUCGAA